AUGGAGAGUAAGGUAGCGUCUGUUGUUACGGCAGACAUUGAAAAACCAUUAACUAUUAAUCUGGAAGGGACUACCAUUGAAGCUGCCGAGCAAACGACAAGUACUGAGAAUACCAUUGAGCCCUCAACGGUGACAACAGGAAAAGAUAACAGUGUUUCGAAAAACAAAGUAGAAGAGAAUGAAUACUCGCGUGCAGAGACUGUUCGUCGUGACAUUGAGAGAGGAGUUGUAACAAUUAAUAAUAAUGAAAUCAUUGAUGAUCAGGAUCUCGAGUUGUUGUUACUCGACGGAGUUUCCAAGUUUGAGCCAUUGGUCAAGCUAAAUUCAGAGACAAGCGGUUUUACUUUGGGGGGGCUUUUUGGAAAUGGCACUGCAGCUGCUGAGGAUAGAG